GUUUGCCUGCAGACGGGGAAGGGACGAAGGGCAAAACGAAAUUCAUCAGCCGAGAGAGAGAGAGAGAGAGAGACAGGAGGAACACAGUGUGCUCCAGAGGGGUAGGUACUUACGGGCAGUGGCACACCGUUUCCGGACAGUUCGGCGGGUAGCGGAGACAGUUGCUCUGGCACCAUUCCUCCAUCCCGAUGAAGCUGCGGCCUAACACAUACACACAUACACGUAAACGGGCCUCGUAAACAUCACCGAUGGCACUGCACGUCCUGUUCGGGAUGCUGUGUCUGGGCGCGCAGGCCUUCCUGAGCCUGCACGGUGCGUCCGGCGGCACGGAGGAAUCCAGCCCGCUCACCACCCAGCACGUGGGCGAAAACUGCGAGCACCACACGACGACGACGAGCCAGUUCGAGGAGUACUUCGACAUCGACCGGAUCGGCAACAACCGCACCGAGUCGAACGUCGUCGACCUGACGCUGUUCGUGCAGGUGCGCAACAUGCAGGAGGAGCUGGCGAUCCUGCUCUCCGCCGCGAACCGGUCCCGCCAGCACCCGGACUACGGCCGCACGUACGAGGUGCGCGUCAGCAACGUGUACACCGUCAUCUACAAGGAGACGCUGCGCAUGUCCGCACACCACAGCCACAACUUUAACUUCUUCCCGGGCGAGCAGUUCCGGCUGCGCAUCCAGAUAACGCGCGCCGGCCACAUCACCGUCUCCAUACCGGGCCUGUCCAAGUCGCUCAUCCUGACCGUGCACGACGAGCGGCCCCCGAUCGAGGUGGAGUACAUUAGCUUCGGGUCGCGCAUGAACGCGUACCCGGUGACGUUCUACUUCAACUGUGUGGAUGCGGCGCAGGCCGCCGCCCGGAAGCAGGCCCUUGCCGAGCAGGAGAGCGCCCGGGAGCGGGCGGACGCGGACGAUCCGGUCGGCGGGUCGUCGCACCAGCUGGACGAAGGCGAGGAGGACGCCAGGGGCCAGUUAGCCCCCGAUCAGCACACCACGGACAGGGACGACGACUCGGCGGGUGGCAAUGGAGAGCUGGGAGAGCGUGAACGGGGUGGGGACGUUGGGGAGUCACCGGCGGCGGCAGCUGCGGCCGCCAAGUGUCCGGUCUGUCCCAAGCCGGAAAAGUGCGAGGUGGUGGUGAAGGCGUGCUCGGACACGUCCAAGGAUCUGCUGAUGCAGGCGUCCGGGCCGGACGGCGAGAAGCAAAAGUACUUCUUCUACUUCAACGUUUACCUGAGCAGCAAGGGCGAGAAGGGAGGGAAGGAGCGCCCGGUGGCCGACGCUACCAACCAGAUUGCCUAAGGAAAGGGACCCAAGAGACCUCCUUUGUACGGAUCCUGUUACAUAUCUUAGGGCACUUUACGGGCACGCGCGCGAUAUCCGCAAGGCUCCAGCGUCCCACGCGCUCCAAGUUCGGCAUAUCAGCCCCAGCUCGGCCGCAAGUUUUUAAGCUAUUUAGCAACUAGUUUCCUUGUUUCUUCCCCCCACUUUCAACCCCCUCCAACCAAGUUGUGGAGUGUUGGGAAGUGCGGGCAAAUGAGGACAUUAUAGCUCCAAUAAACCUAUCAAGCAUUUUGUGCAGCGCAAAAUCCUGUCUCCCUCCCUGUAGGCUCUCUCUUUGAAGUAGUGGUGGGAGUUCGGAAUCGGAACGACUCUAUUCCGUGUUCGGAAUCAAUUCUGGAGCCGAUUCCAAUUCUUGAAUCAAUUCCGAUGUCGGAACCAAUUCCAGAGCCGAUUCUGUAACUGAUUCUGGGGCUGAUUCCAGAAUCAGAAUCGGCUCUGGAAUUGAAUUCAGAGUUGCCUCCGAAAUUGGGGUUCAAAGUUGCCUCCGGGAACGACCCGAUUCCGUGUUCGGAAUCAAUUCUGGAGCCGAUUCCAAUUCUUGAAUCAAUUCCGAUGUUGGAACCAAUUCCAGAGCCGAUUCUGGAGCUGAUUCUGGGGUUGAUUCCGGAAUCAGAAUCAGUUCUGGAAUUGGAUUCAGAGUUGUCUCCUAAAUCGGGGUUCGGAGUUGCCUCCGGGAUUGGAAUUGUAUUCAAAAUUGGAAUUGGGUCUGGAAUCAGAAAAAGUUCUGGAAUUUAAAUCAUUAGUUUCAGAAGUGAUAUCAAUCCCGGAAUCUCCAUGACAAUCCACAAUUGUUUUCAAAUAAACUUGGAUUCUUUGCGACUAUCAAUACAAUCGUAGCAGCUUAGAACCCAAACGCCUAUUCUCAUUCAGAUUCUGGAGCCAAUUCCGCAAACUGAUUCCAGAAAACUUUGGAGUUAGUCGGAAUCGAUUACCGACGAAAACUUUAUUCUUCCCAUCACUAAGCACAAAGCAUCCGAUGUGGGGGCGGGGGAAUUUACUGCAAGUGCGCGUCCUCGCGCGAAGAAUGUCAGCAGUAGAACCGGCUCCGGGCGUACGGGUGGUUCUUGUGGCUUCCCAAUAUCCGUCGGGCGACCGUUCUUGGGAAAAAGGUGAACGGUGAAGCCCAACAACAACAAAACCCACCCCAUUGCAGAACCCCAAGAACGUUCACCUUUAAGACACCAAAACCCACACACACACACACACACACACACAACCGAAUGCAAAUGCAAUCGAAGGCGCGUGUGUGUUACAAACCUCUGGCGCGGGAAGAUAACGCCUCUAUCUCGUGCGCGAAGGUGUUUCGCGAGUGUACUACAAAUAUUGAGCAGCAGCAGCAGCAAAAAACAAGACGACUUCAAAGCUGCCCCCACACACCUCCAGAACGGCAGCGAGCGAUCAAGAUGACCACCGAGAACGGGAGACUGUAGCAGAGGCGUCCAUUACGCAAAGGAGCAUGCAGGCGCAGCACAAGAGCAGCGCGCAGCAUCCAGAACGCGAUCCCAAAUGCCAAGGACAUUCGCCGUUUGGUGGCCUCCGAAAAGGGCAAUCCUGUGUGUGUGUGUGUGUGUUUGUCCGUUCGAUCGCAGUUCUUUAUUUACCGCGUCGGACCGCGUUGGGAGCUCUUGAGUUUUUGUUCGUCUUUGGCUGUUUUUUUUUAAUUUGCACGAUCGGCUUCUUCUUCGGCG